CUUCCCUCCCUUCACACAGCACAACCUCUGUAAAGCAGACCGAGCUAGUGAGUGUGUGACUGGCGUGUACGCGCGUGUCACACUGUGUGAAGAGAUAACCGGAGUUGGUCUCAGGAUGCCUGCGUAUGCCACCAACAUGAGGUUCAAGUUCCCCAUUGUAGCCUUGACUUUGGAGAUUAUCACCAUCAUACUGUUUGCGGUGUUUGCGGUCUACGAUGAUGGCAAAGGUCACGGGCACGACUCACACUCCAAUGACACGCACCAUGAAGAGCCGCCUAUGAAACUCUACCCCAUGUUUCAGGACGUUCACGUCAUGAUCUUCAUCGGCUUCGGGUUCUUGAUGACCUUCCUCAAGAGAUACGGGUUCAGCAGUGUAGGCGUCAACUUGCUCCUCGCUGCCUUCGGCCUACAGUGGGGCCUCCUCAUGCAGGGCAUCUGGCACCUGGACAAUGGCAAGAUCAAAGUCAACAUCUUUAAAAUGAUCAAUGCAGACUUCAGCACAGCUACAGUCCUAAUCUCCUUUGGAGCGGUUUUGGGUAAAACCAGCCCUGUGCAGCUCCUCAUCAUGACCAUACUGGAGAUCACCAUCUUCUCCAUCAACGAGCAUCUGGUGGCUUCAACUCUGAAGGCUAGCGACGUUGGAGCGUCCAUGAUCAUCCAUGCAUAUGGAGCCUACUUCGGCCUGGCAGUGGCUCGAGUGCUUUACCGACCAGGUCUAAGAGAUGGACAUGACAACGAAGGAUCUGUUUAUCACUCUGACCUGUUUGCUAUGAUUGGAACCGUCUUCCUGUGGAUGUUCUGGCCCAGUUUUAACUCAGCCAUCGCUGAGACGCCCGAAACUCAGCUCAACGCAGUCAUCAACACCUACCUCUCCCUGGCUGCCUGCGUGCUCUCUGCCUACGCCAUCUCAAGCCUCGUCGAGCACAAAGGAAAACUGGACAUGGUACACAUUCAGAGCACCUUGGCUGGUGGCGUUGCCGUAGGAACAUGCGCUGACAUGAACAUCGAGCCAUUUGGAGCCAUGGUGAUUGGAUUUGUGGCUGGCAUCAUCUCUACCCUUGGCUUCAAGUACCUAACUCCCAUCCUGGCGUCCAACCUGGGCAUCCAGGAUACCUGCGGUGUCCACAAUCUGCACGGCAUGCCUGGCAUCCUGGGCGGGUUGGCUGGUAUUGUGGCAGUGGCUUUGGGGAAGAAAGAAGGAGGUGAGGCUGCCAUGCAAGCUGCUGCCUUGGCUUCAUCCCUCGGGUUUGCUUUGGUUGGAGGUGCUGUUACAGGUUUAAUAAUGAAGUUGCCAUUCUGGGGACAGCCUCCAGACCAGAACUGCUUUGAUGACUCUAUUUACUGGGAGGUUCCUGAGGAGGAGGACGAGAAUGAGGAGAGCUUGGCUCACGCUGAUCACUCAAAGAACAAAGCGGAGGCUUAAAUAUCUGCUCGUCAUCCACUCAAAAUUAAGCUCAAAAUUAAGAAGCAAAGGAUGAUUCAUCAGCUACACGAUGACCACAGAUAUCAAUUUGUCAGUUAUAUUAAUUCGAUGGUUGUCAAUGUGUGACCAUGGUUUUUUUCAUCAUAGUACCCUCUAAAUUUGUAAUUAGAAAAAAAUAUAUAUGAGCAAUUUUAAUCUGACAAUUGAUAACAUAAAUUGAUAACAUCCCAUUUACACUAAGAAAAAAACCUACUUAAGAUUUUGAAAAGACAACACCAAUGUUCAGGGAUUUUUUUUAACACUGAAAAAAAAAACUGAUGAUCUACAACAAUCAUGGGCCACGGCAGUUCGUAGUUUCACUGCUGAUACACAACUACUUCUAUAAGCUUUUCUUUAUGUCAUUUUAUAUCAUAAAAAAGCAUGUUUUAAGAUGUUAGUAUAGUGUUUAUUUUUCCUCAUACAUUCUUUUAUGUUUCCAUAAACCUGGCAUGUACGUGUUUCUGCAGACGCUCAGGUCGAAGAGAGGAGUUAAACUCUUGAGCUUUGAUCUGCUGCUUCAUGUUACCUCACUGGAGCCCAGUCCUUCAAUCUGGAAGGAGUCAGGAGUCAGGCUGUGUGAAACCAGCAGCGUGGCUCCGACGUGGGCAGGGAUAGUCACAUGAUAUUCUUGUAACUAAUGAACCUUCGCGUGUCUUAUCUUCUGUUACUUCAGAGCAUUUUUCUGUCUAUCUGUGGGCAGCUGUACAUUGAAGAUCGCAUUCAGAGCUGUGCAUUUACAUUAGAUUGAUUUACACUGGGCAAGCUGAGGUUAUGUUUUUUUUUUUUUUCCUUUUUACUAUUUACAUCAAAUGUAUUCUUACAUGUACAUACAGUUUAGUUCUUAGAUGGAUUGACAUGGUCAGUUUUAUCAAAGCCCUGCAACGUCAAAGACAGAGCAACUGGUACUGAACAUAUUUCAGAUAUAACCUGUCUACAUCACAGGAUUAAAGCUCACUUUGUCUUCUCAAACAAAGUGCAUGGCGGUGGAGCGCUGCACAGAGGAUGGGUUUUCAGAGUGUUAAACAUCAAAACAUAUGACCGCAGGGUGAGAUGAAACUGACUACACACAGCAUUAAUCAGUAUUUUGGUUUGUCAAAUGAUUUAUGAUGCCCAGGACACUGAAACACAUAAUAAUUUUGUAUUUUUAUACAGUGGGCGUAUGCUCUUAUUUGUAUAAUAUACUAAUACUGUCAUAAUAAAUAUGCUUUUGUACAACA